GCGAGUGGCUUAGAGAGAGAAAGGUAGAAUGAGAGAGAGGUUUCUAGACACCGUAUCCGCCUUAAACCCUAAUAAAGGGUUUAAGCCUUUCUCUCUCUCUUUCUCACUCUCUCUUUCAGUUGGUUUUCUGCUUCACAAAAGCGGCAGCUUCCUUUUGUUUAACAAGCCACAGUCUAGUGUUUCUCCUACAAAAUGUACAGACUCGCAUCUGGUUUACUCGCAAAAUCCAGAAUCAGAAACACCAGUAGCCAGAUUGGAAGUAGAGUCAAUUGGAAUCGGAAUUAUGCUGCAAAGGAUAUCAGGUUUGGCAUUGAUGCUCGAGCUUUAAUGCUCAAGGGUGUUGAAGACUUAGCUGAUGCUGUAAGAAUAACCAUGGGCCCAAAGGGUCGCAAUGUUGUUAUUGAGCAAAGUUUUGGGGCACCAAAAGUAACAAAGGAUGGAGUCACUGUCGCCAAAAGUAUUGAGUUUAAGGAUAGAGUUAAGAACAUGGGUGCAAGCCUUGUCAAGCAAGUUGCCAAUGCAACAAAUGAUGUAGCUGGCGAUGGUACCACUUGUGCAACAAUUCUUACCCGAGCAAUAUUCUCAGAAGGUUGUAAAUCAGUUGCAGCUGGCAUGAAUGCUAUGGACUUAAGACGUGGGAUUUCUAUGGCAGUAGAUGCUGUUGUAACCAACUUAAAGAGUAGGGCUAGAAUGAUCAGCACAUCUGAGGAAAUUGCACAGGUAGGUACCAUAUCGGCAAAUGGUGAAAGGGAAAUUGGGGAGUUGAUUGCAAAGGCAAUGGAAAAGGUUGGCAAAGAAGGAGUCAUUACUAUUGAGGAUGGGAAGACACUGUUUAACGAAUUGGAGGUUGUUGAAGGAAUGAAGCUCGACAGGGGCUAUAUUUCACCAUAUUUUAUAACCAAUCAAAAGACUCAAAAAUGUGAACUUGAGGAUCCCCUCAUUUUGAUACAUGAGAAGAAGAUAUCGAGCAUUAAUGCAGUUGUCAAAGUAUUGGAGCUGGCUUUGAAGAAGCAAAGACCUUUACUGAUUGUUGCAGAAGAUGUAGAAAGUGAUGCAUUAGCCACCCUUAUUCUGAAUAAGCUUCGUGCAGGUGUGAAGGUGUGUGCCAUUAAAGCACCAGGUUUUGGAGAGAACAGAAAAGCUUAUCUGCAGGAUCUGGCUACACUUACUGGGGGGGAGGUCAUCACUGAAGAGCUUGGCUUGAACCUUGAGAAGGUGGACUUGAAGAUGCUUGGCAGCGCUAAAAAGGUAACUGUAUCAAAGGAUGAUACUGUUGUUCUUGAUGGAGCUGGGGACAAAAAAGCGAUUGAAGAAAGAUGUGAGCAGCUGCGUUCUGCUAUUGAAGUGAGCACUUCGGAUUAUGAUAGGGAGAAGCUCCAAGAACGAUUGGCAAAGCUUUCAGGAGGAGUUGCUGUUCUCAAGAUUGGUGGAGCAAGUGAAGUAGAAGUCGGAGAGAAGAAGGAUAGAGUUACAGAUGCUCUUAAUGCUACCAAAGCGGCAGUAGAGGAAGGCAUUGUACCAGGUGGUGGCGUUGCACUUCUUUAUGCUACAAAGGAGCUUGAAAAGCUUCAAACUGCUAAUUUUGACCAGAAGAUUGGAGUUCAGAUCAUCCAGAAUGCCCUCAAGACACCUGCACUGACUAUUGCAGCGAAUGCUGGUGUGGAAGGUGCUGUGGUUGUGGGCAAAUUACUUGAGCAGGAUAACCCCGACCUCGGCUAUGAUGCAGCCAAAGGGGAAUAUGUGGACAUGGUGAAGGCUGGAAUAAUUGAUCCAUUGAAGGUCAUCAGAACUGCCUUGGUGGAUGCGGCAAGUGUCUCAUCAUUGAUGACAAUGACUGAGGCAGUUGUUGCUGAAUUUCCAAAGAAUGAGAGUGCGAGCCCAGCCAUGGGCGCCAGCGGCAUGGGUGGAAUGCAUUUCUAAGGUGUAUAUUUACAAUGAUAAUUUUUUGGCUGAGAGAGAGAGAGAGAGAUGUUUUGCAUUCUAGAGUUGUUAAACAAGUGACUGCCCCGGCAUACCAAACAUUUAUGUACAAUUUAAAAUGCCAAUUGUUGAGGCUGUAUUCUAAGACGUGAGGCGAAUUUUGUAUUCACAUUAUGUGAAUUAUUUGCAAUAAAAACACCAUUUUGAUGGUGGUUUGAAGUUC